GAGGGAGAGAGAGAUAGUGUUUUCGUACUUGAUGAGGCUUUUGGCGGAGUGGGUUUCGUGCGGGUGGCGAGCGGCGCGGCCGGAGGAGGCGGCGUCGGAGCGGCGGGGGCCGCAGGAGAAGGAGCGGCCCUCUCCCGGAGAGGGCGUAGUGCGGCGGCGCCGCCGUAGGAGGGCGGCGGCCUACGGCGGUGGCGGCGGCGGCGGCGGCGGCGCGGCCGAUCCUUGGAGGCCCUCGCUCGGGGACAUCUACGAAGAGAACGCCGCUACGGAGGCGGCGCCACUCGCCGACGCCGCCGCAGCCGCCGCGGGCCCUGCGACGAAGCUCAUCAGCGCCGGAUCCUCAGGUAGGGUUUCGCCCCGCGCUCGCACCGGCGAGUUCAGGCAACUUGAAGUGACUACAAUAUCUCCAGCAUUUACCCCUACGGCCUUUCUGUUCUAAUUAUAGUUGCAUCUGGGAGCAGAAUAUUAUUAGGGGAAAUGGGAUUGAAGCAAACUUAAAUAAAAAAAAAAAAAGAAAAAGGAAAAAAGGAUGGAUGAGAGAAGAAGAUAAAUUCUGUGGAUAUAAAAUUUCUUUCCUGUAACUUUUCUCCCACUUUGUACAAAAUUAAUUAAGUGUGAUUAAUAAUGUUUGAUAAUA